AUGGAACAGACCAGAGACGACAAGUUUCCCCGCACUUUGGACCAUCUGAAGAUCAUCGUCCAAACUCAAAUCAUCAAAGACCCGUUGACUGACUACCAGACCGGGCCGGACCGAGUGAUCCACAAUGGAGUCUACGUCUCCGGACCCGUCCCCGCCGCUACGGAUCCUGUCCCUCGGUUAGAACAACCACAUCCGGCUAUUUUCUGGUCACUAACGCAUCCAGAUGGCGGCGGUAUCCGGGGUAUUUCCAGCCUUCUGAUUCUCGAGCACUUGAUGGAGGAGAUGCGCAAAGCGCAAGGUCUUGAGCACGUGCCACGACCAUGUGAAUGCUUCGACUUCAUCGGCGGAACGAGCACGGGAGGGUAUCGCCACUCAAUCAUUGCCAUCAUGCUGGGAAGGCUCCGCAUGACUGUCAACGAGUGCAUCCGAGAGUACCGGGAAGUUGCCCAGAAGGCGUUCACUCCGAAACGAACGACAAUCUUCCCGGCCUCGCCGAAGGGUGCCUUCUCCGCCACGGCGCUCGAGGAGGCGGUCAAGAACACAAGCAGAAAGUUCUGUACAGCGGCGGACUGUGCCGGCCAGCGGCAACAAGGCAUCGCAACAGAUAGGGCUUGUCCCCAUAGAGACUUGGAGCUCCGCGAUCCGGGAUGCACCAAAACAUUUCUCAAAUACGUGAUGGGAGACUCACCAUGUCCAAGCGCCGUCCUUGCCAUCACCAAGGACAAUGUUGAUGCUCCGCCGACGUUGCUUACAACCUACGAUACGUCGGAGGGCUUUCGCGGUUGCUCAAUCUGGGAAGUGGCCCGAGCAACGUCCGCGGCGACGACCUUCUUUAAACCCAUUCGAGUGGGCCGGGACGAGAUCGAGUUCGUGGAUGCUGGUUUUGGAUAUAACAAUCCAUGCGAAAUCCUUGUCAACGAAGCGCAAAAACAGUUCCCAUCACACACUCGGCUUCAAGUGCUUAGUAUUGGUACCGGGCUCGGAGACGUCGUCAGUAUCGGUAAAACGAGGAUGGACAUUGUCCGCGCGCUGAAGAGCAUGGCGACCAGCUCGAAGAAAGUGGCAGCAAGAAUGGACCAGCAGUAUGGUGACAGCCAUCAGUACUUCAGAUUCAACGUCGACAAGGGGCUGGAGGAUGUGACGUUGUCGGACUGGGAGAAGUCGAGCACGAUCUCUGCACAUACCAGGAACUACAUUGAUGAAAAUCGGAGGGCGAUUGCACACUUUGUAGACCAUUUUACCAGUCGCAUCGUUGCACAGCCUAGACCAGUUCUGGCCGAACUCGGUGGACGGCCUGUCACAGAGACGAGUACUUAG